UCGCUGCACCCUAAAUACGAAAUGCUCCCUUGGACACGUCGAAACAAUCUCCUCAAUACACCGUGGGAAACUGCCGACACUCUGUAAACAUGGAACAAAGGCGUUGGUGAUGAUGACUUUUCCAACUGGCUAUACCUGGGACCUGACCUCUGACCUGUAACCCCAGGAUGCGACCCAAAGGCAGCACUAAAAAUGCAGUGCAGGUCAUCACACGCUACAUGUGUCGAUUCUGUGGCCGGCAGUUUCAGAACCUCCAAGAGAUGCAGACUCACACACAAGUGCUUCAGCGCGAGAAGCCUCCACACGCUUGCUACGUGUGUGGCCGCACGUACCGCACACCAUCCAAGCUACAACGACACGUGCGGGUACACAGUGGGGAGCGCCCAUAUGCCUGCUCCAUCUGUGGUAAAAGGUUCACACGAUCAGAUCAUGUGAAACAGCAUCUGAAAGUGCAUAUGCCACAGCGGCAGAAAAACGUGUGCCGUUUGUGUGGGAUGAGGUUCAUGAGGAGACAGACUCUUCAGGCUCAUCUACGAAAACAUGGGAUUGUUCAGGUUUUCUCUUGUAACCGAUGUGGGGAAGCAUUUGAAUCAGCGCUGCAGCUACACCACCACAAGGAGACACAUAGCAACAUCUUCUACGGACACAGCAGUGACGGCCUUGAUGCAGAGGGGGGAUUACCGAUAAGCAUCAAACGAGAGCCAGGAGGAGAGGGGGGAGAGGCAGAGGAGAAUAGACCCAUUCUUGGACUUGCCAAAUUUGGCCUUGGACCUCAACCAGAUGUCAAAGAAGGCCUGGAUGGACAAGUGAGGGAGGAGAGCAACAAUCCUGCAGUUAUGGCCAAACAAGCUCUUGACAUGGCCUUGAAGGCGCAGGAAGAACCAGAAUACUCAGAGGAAAAACCUAGUCAGGUUAAUGGACACUUAGGGGAAGAUGAUGAUAUCAAGUCGAUUGUUAUUGACAAUGACAUUGCGGAACAGGAUGAUGAAGAUGUGGAGAAUGAUAAUGAUGGGCCAUCUGUUUCAAUAUCUAACUGUUUCUCCCUUGCCGAGGGUGAGAACUCUAUUGCCGAUGUAGAUUUAAAAGAAUUGGAAGAGGUCAAAGCUACGACAUUCAGUGACGGUAUGAAGAUGAUCCUGAUUCCUUCAGAUCCAGCUGAUGAUGACAAAUCCGAGGAUUCUAAUGAAGAAGCAGAUGACGCUUCUGAUAAAAAAGACGAUGAAGAAGAAAAGAAGGAUGAUGAUAAUAUUCUUGUAAGCAGCUCAGCAGAUGUGUCAUCGUCUAGUAACCACAGAAACCGAGCAUCAGGUCAUCUCAUCUCCCUCCUUCCAAAACCACCACCAAUCAUAGCAGCUCCAUCAGUGAGAAAAGAAACCCUGAGCAACCAAUCAACAUCAUACACCAACAUGCGAAGCCUUUUAACAGCAGCACCAACACAAAGCAUUCGACCAUCACGGCCCGAACCGCCUUUGCUCUGUAUGGGAGUUCCAGGAUUGUCAACAGCAACAGCAGGAGGCAAAAGUUCCGGGUUUCUGUUCGGGAAGAAGAUGAUCCGAUGCGAUCACUGUUGCAUUUGGUUCGAGGAUCACUCAAUGAGCCUUCUUCACAUGAGUCUCCAUUCGGCCGACCCGUCUGAUCCUUUCACGUGUCGCAAGUGUCUGAAACGUCUCGGUAAUCGCCUGGAAUUCAUGGCUCACAUUGUCUGGCAUCUGGACCCCAGCAUGGAAGAGAGACUUAUGAAGAACAGUUAGUCACUAACAGUCCACUCAGAUAUCUGAUCAUACUAUGUAUUCCUAAUCAGAAUAUAUCAGAAGGAAAGGUGUAUGGAUAUUUUCUAUAACGACUAUAACGAUUAAAAUAAGAGACUAUCAACAAACAUAUUGAGAUUGAUACUUCAACCAGAUGGCUUGGCCACCCUUUAACAGCUGUUUGUAAGAGCUGGUUGUGGUAGAGUCUGUACAUUUCACAUGCCGCUUUCCCACUUCCAAAAAUUAAAUUGACUUUAGUCACUGAAGGGUUCUGUAGGAAAUAGUUUUGGUUAGCAAUAAUUCAUAGACAUAUUUCAAGCAUAACUUAGGAUUGCUUUCAUGUUUAGAAUUUCUCAUCGAUAUUUUUCAAAAUCUAUAAAAUUACAUUAGUAAUUAUUUUGUGUAGAGAACACAGGAAAAUAAUAAGUCUGAAAUUCUUCUUUUAAAUAUGUAAUUGUACAAAGAAAUGUGCAAUAUGUUCCAUAACCAUGGAAUGUCAGAAUCAUCGAAUAUUAGGUGAAGUGACUGCAUCAAAAUCAGAGGUUCUGAGGAUCACAACAUAAAAAAUUAAUGACAAAUGUGUUAUUGAAUUGCAAUUACAUUGAUCAGAAAGUAAGCACAUUUGUACCUGCAAUCACAGAAUCUACUCUCAUAUACUUGAUAGUAUAGAGAUCUAGCCUUGCAGAAACCUAUUUCUUGGAGAUAAAAUAAUUUGAUAUACAGGUGUACAUUUCUGUAGAAAGCAAUUACCAGUUGGAACAAAAUGUACACAAUAGUGGAAUUGGAGACAAAAGACAAAUACAAUUCUCAACAAACAGCUGUAAAAGGAUGCAGAAGUAUCCUGUUGAAUAUACCAUUUAAAUUAGUAAAGGAAAUAAUUAUUUCAAAAACUGAUAAUACUGUAUCUGAAAAUGUAGAACAUAGUUUAUUAUAUGAAGUGAUAAAUUCUUGUUAUUUUACUGACUCUGUCACAUGUACAGAAAUGUACAGAAAUGAUGGGUGGCAUAAAUAAGUUAAUUGGGCCUUGUUGAUUAGAAUGAAAGUCUCUUGUUGUUUCUGGUUUGUUUUGAAAAUAUUAACCAAGAAAGCACUGUAUGAUCAGAUAUAUAGGUGCUUUGUGUUUAAACAACAUGUAAUUAUGCACAAAUUAUCUUGCCCCGUAUAUUAUAGAUGCUGUUUGUCCAUGACAUACAGGUACUUCACUGGAAUAUUAAUCAAUGUUUCAUGGUGUGAUAUAUAAUACAUCUAAGCAAUUUUAGCAGAGCAGAACCUAUAAUUAUAUCAUAAUAUGUUUCUUGUUUGUGUAUUGUUGACUUCUGAAAUGUGCCUAUACACUCUUUCUAUUUUGUACCCUCAAGUACUUGUUGCAACAAUUGUGAUAUGACUGUUAUUGAUUGUGGGUUCCUAUUUCAUCACUGACAUUGAAGAGUUAUCUCCCUUAUAUCAGUGAUUUAAAUCUCACUGGAGAUAUUUCCAGAUUGGUGAUCAUCGUUUAUAUGUAGGAAAUUAUUCAUGAUAUUGAGUUACCUUUUUUCAUACACCUGUAUUUUUGGAAAUAUUUUGAAUGGGUGUUUUUAGUAUGGUUUCUUUGGGAAUAUUUGUAAAUUUGACAAUCUUUUCAUUCAACAAGCUUAGUUUUCAUCAUAAUUACAUUUGAUUGGAUGUAUUUUUUAAAUUUGAUUUUUGUAAGAAUUCGCAUAAUUAUUGAGGAUUACCUUCAAUGAUCUUAUCAUGCCUAUUCUUAAAGAAACUUCCUAUUUUAUGUACAAUGCACUGGGGCUGAAAUGGUUGCCUGGUAGUUGUAGGUGAUUAUUCAAAUACUAUGGGAGUUCACCCCUUCUCAGUUUUUUUUAAAUGAACACCAUGACAAAGUUUGUUCCUUAUGUUUAUUUAAUUGAAUACCCUGGUCUUAGUUCUGCAAUCAGAUCUUAAAGACCAAGGAUUUGAUGCCUGGGAGAAGUGUGUGAUUUUUGUUGGAGACGGAACAUAUUUUCAGACACUUAGACAUUAUGAGUUUCUCUUAAAAGAGGAGCCACACAAUUGUAUUUAUUUGAACCAUAUUAAGACAUGUCUUUUUGGGUGUAACAUUUAGGGCUGGGAUGGGUUACCCGAGUACUCAUGUUGGGUAAAUAUUUAGCAUUACCCGGGUCCUGACUAAGCUACACGGAUCCAUUUCAUCACGACUGUCUUGUGUAACUCAGUCUUAUAUAUUACGUAAAUUCAUUGAACCAAAAUAAUGAACCAAUUUACUGUUUAUGUUUCUUUUUAUAUCAUAAAUAUAAGCAUGACAAAAUCACUCAUUCAAAAUAAGGCUUUGUGUUACAUUGUCAGCAAUUUGGACAUUUAGACGUUGGUGUGUCUCUCAACCAGUGAAAGGCCAUCAUGGCCUUACUGACAAUUACUAGGCAAAAUAUCAUACUUCAAGUGAACAUUAUUUGAUCACUGCAAUAGCCAAUUUAGUUUAAUAAUAAAAUUUUUUGACAUAUUUAAUCCUUGGAAUUUCCAAUUUAUAAGGAAGCAAAUGUAUGACGCAGUGAUGAUGAAAUGCAGUUAUGAUAUGCUCACAGGAGAAAUCUCCAUUGUGUGUGAUGUCAGUUUAUCAAAAUAUGACCAAACUCUGAUUAAAGCUGAAGUGGGUCUAACUUUUGUACUGGGUUCUUAAAUUUCGACCCAUCCCAACCCUAGUAACAUCAGUCUUCUUCAGUUCACCAGAUAUCAAUUAGUUUAGUAAUUCAAGCUGAAGAAUAUGCAGCUUAUUGCAUUUGAAUAAAGAAUACUGGCACCUUGACUUCAAAGGUGAAUAUAUGAAUAUUCAAUGAGCUGUACAAGGCAAGUUCAGCCAAUGUGUUCUUCAUUGUGCCUCUAAACUUCACCCAAUUCCUGCUAGUAAAGAAAAUAUCAAUUCUCUGCGUAUUCCAUUGGAAAGUUGAAGUUUGUAUUUAUUUCUCAUUAACAUGCAUUUGUAAAACACAUUCUUUGUAUUUUUUCUUGUUUUUGUACGCACCACUGCAUUACAGUGUUAUAAGUGUUUUAUAUAUGUAUUUUUUAUACAAAAUCAAAGGGUUUUUUUCCAAGUAGGAACCAUCAGUUUGAUAUGUACCAGGGGUGUGGAAAUACAAGGAUAAGUUUAUCAAUCCUGAAAGAAAUGAUUGUUGGAAAAGUAGAAAUUUACUAUUUGUCAUUCAUGGAAAAAUAUAGUUGUUUUUUUUCUAAAUAGUAACUAAAAUCAAAUUUCAGAACAGUUUGAAGGUUUUAUUGACCAAGAUGAUUUUAUAACAAAGGACAGAUCUCUUAUAGAAAAACUAUUGCCAGAACAUUCCUGGAAUACAGAGUAUAAUCCACAGACUCUGGACAUGUAGAUUGGGCCUAAAGCUGGGUCUAGCCAAGUACUACCCAGGGAACCUAACAGCCUUUUACCCAACUCUACCCACUUACCAAUAGCAGGUCUCUAGACAUUGGUAGAAAAUAUCCAGUCGGGAAUUGUUAGACUGAAGCCUUGAAAAACACUUAGAUUCGGGUAAAAUAAUACCUGCACUUUUAUGCUUAAUGUAGCUGUAUCUUUAUUCAAACAUAUAGAAGUGAAGAGGAAUGAAGGCAUAGUAAGAAUAAAAUAUGACUUUGGAAUAUAACCAUGCAGUUUUAGUGAAUUUGUGUCAUGAAACAAUAUUGUGUGACCAACCAAGGGUCUGGUAGUUUGGGAGGGACUCUGGUCCUACUCAGUAUCCACCCCCCUGAACACUUAACUUGUCCCUCCCAGCCCUAUUUUGGACAUUUUACUUGUCCAGGGUCUCGUUCCUCAAAGCGAUCGUAGCGCUACGACUGUCGUAAGUCUAUGUUAAAGUAUGGGAGUUACGAUCACCUUAGCGCUACGGUCGCUUUCAGGUACGGGGCCCAGAGACAAGUGAUCAUUGCUUACAUUUCCACAGCCCUGGACAAUACUACCAUAUUUAACCAUGAAUCACAAAUGCACAUUUAAUUAGCAUGUGCUAGUGUUUGCAUCAUUGUCAUUGUUUUAGUUUGUUGCAUGUUUUCUUGCAUGACUGUAGAGAAUAUACAGUAGAUCCUAUUUAUUGUAUUUGUAUGAGAUUAUUGUUAAUUAUUGAUAUUUUGUCUUAUUUGAGUGUUUGUAUUUAAGAGCACUGUUUUCACAUUUUAAAAGAGGGUCAAUUUAGAUGCAUGGUAGACGGAAAGUGAACACAAAUAAUAAUGUUAUCUUCUUUCUUUGUUUCUACUGGUUUCAAUAUGUUUUUGUUACAAAUUAUGAGACAGGGAUAACGGGUAGCCAAGUGGUUCAAGUGUUUGCCCAUAACAUCAAAUAUCCAGGUUUAAUUUUUCACAAGGUUAGAAAAUUUUAUGGCCGUUGUUGGCAUUAUCCCCUGUAAUAUGACUGAAAUAUUAGUAAAAGGUGUAAUAUUGUUCACUUUGAGAGGUUACAUGCAAAUAAAGAAGACAUACUUGUGACCAUGGUAACAGUCUGUUACCCACUGCUAAUGUACAAUUGCUGUGGGACCAAGCGUCAAAUGAUAUCACAAAACUAAUUCAAUUAUGUCAGUCAUAAGCUAUUUUCUUAAGGCAGGUCUCAAACAAAGGAGACUUUGUUUGUUUUCAGUGUUGUAAGAAAUAUUGUUUGCAUAAUAGUUUAUGUAGAUGAAGAAUAGAGAGAAGGGACAAUGAAAUUGGUUUCCAAUAUAAUGAAAUUGAAAGAUAUUCUUUUUUUAACAUGAUGAUCGGAUGAAAUUUAUUCAGUGUUAAUCAAAAUGUCAAACUUUUGUCUUUGAAACCUAGUGCUCUAGAAUGAUUACCUGUAUUUAAAUGUGUAUGUGUAUACAUGAAAUUCAAGCAUAGUACAUUUUAAGGCGAUGUGAUAUGAAAAUAUUUGAUGCUAUUGUAUGGAAGCCUUCUUUUUAUUUUAUUUUAUGUUGUUUAUUUAAUCUUAUGUUUGUGUUUACUUUUACCUGUUAAUUACUCUAAAUAAUUUAAUCACCUUCUGUAAUUUAUCACGUGUCUUCUAGUCUUGUGGUAGCUUUUAGUUGAUAUUUAUGAAGGUUUGUUAGUCUGUCAAGUCAAAUAUGGAACUUUGAUAGUGAGGGCAUGUACUGAUUGAGAGUACACUGGGAAAUUGUAUGAUUUGUACAAUUGUUUGUUUUUAAUCAAGGAAAAAGUAUAUAUUGGUUAUUUAAGACAUUAUAAACAAGAAUUAUUGUGACAGUCACAAAAUAUUUUUAUCGCCCAGGACAUUGUUUAUUUGCCAGACAGCAGAAUGGUAGUAUAGUGUGUGCUGGAGAUAGAUGUUAUAGCUUGGAUAUUAGCCUGAUAUCUGAAUUGAACAGAUGUUUUGGCUUUGCAGUUCUUGAUUAGUGGUUGGAAAAACACCACUUACUAACAGGACCAAAAUUAUAUUCCAGUUUAGUCCUUGGUUUUUGUUCAACUUAUUACAUAUAGGGUUAUGGCUAUUAUGAAUGCCUCCUCGAAUAUAUCGGUCUCAAGUUGUUGACUUGUAAUUUGCAGUAAUUUGCUGUGUGGAGUUGUGUCUCUUUGGUCAUGACAGGAUCCGCUGGUCUUGAGUCCUGGCUCUGCACCAAUUAUGACCUUAGUGUGCCUACACCAUUCCUAUGCUUGAGGGUUUCAGCAAGGUGUUGGCUUGCUCCAGUCCACACAUUAUAUGAACAUGAACUGUUAUAACUUAAAUUCUUCUUGACUGAGCUGGCACUCACUCAUUCACUCUAAUUGAAGUAAUUGAAGAUGACAUUAUAUUGGUCAACAUCGCAGUCUCUGUACACACGGUUGUAUAUCCAGCAGCAUCGGAUGGUUAGCAUUUGUCAAGAUGUGGUGUAAGGGAAGUAACUCUUAAAACAUAUUGUAAUGCAAAUUUAUUGAGAACCUCAAAUUACCUGCAUGUACCUGUGUUCAAGUCUGUCUCAUAAAUAUUUUGUGUGAAAGUAUAGGAACAUUCUGACUGAGACUAAGUAAUAAUGGUUGCCUGAAACAGGUACAUUAACUGUUUUUGUCCCUGGAGAAGAAAGUCCAAUUGAGGUGUUGGUCAUACUUUCGGCAAUUGAUAUAGAAUUAACAUUGUAUUCUGAUGGUGUUACUAUAAUUGAAAAUAUCUAAUACACAACUGCCUUGAGUAACCUGCAUCUGUUAGGGGGCUGGUUCGUAAGUUACAGCAUAAUGUAAUUCUGCAGAUAGGAACCGAAUUCAUAUGAGACAUCAUUGUAUUUGAUCAUGUCUGUGACUUCGGUCAGGUUGGGCCAUUGGAGACAAUAUCAUUUUGCCUUAAUGAUAUAUCCGAGAUAUAUUUGUGUAAAUGAGCUUUGUGUGUAAAUUCAGUUUGGUAAAGUGUGCUGUUUGGAAUGAGACAUUGUAAAAAUCAUUGUUUUGCUGAUCAGGCCUCGAUUUCUCGAAACAAACUUAAGUCUGUUUCGAGAAAUCGGGGCCAGGUCAUCUACAGGAAGACUUAACAGUGCCAAUUUGUGAUGUUGGACUACUCGUUUUGAGUUCAGUAUAGCCAAGAAACUUGCAUGCAUCUUUGUCAGUAGUGACCCCUAUUGUACUGUGUCUGUAAAUGUCAAUAUACGUGUUUGCUUUGGCAUCUUUAGAUGUCAUCUUUGGGAAGAGUUGAAAUUCUGUACUGAAACCUAUUAACUGAUACAGCAAAUGAACCUAUCAGGAUCAAUAUUCAUCCUCAAAGUUACAUUGCAUUUCACAAGUAAUAAACCUUUAUCUGGAUAUGGAAAUAUUGCUAAGACCACUAUAAUUUAAAUAUCUUUUGAUGGAAUAAUAAGCGUAUGUAAGGUAUUAACCAACAGUGCUGUCUGAAAACAGAGGCGUACUUCAUCAGAAACUGUUUGUCGUGUUGAUUACCUCGCAGUUAACUGAAGCCCUAUAAACAGUAGGGUUACAGGUGCGAGUUAAAAAGCCAAAUGUCCAAAUCUCUGUGCAUGGAUUCUGUGCAUGGAUCCUCCCUACUCCAGAAUCAUCACCCAUACCCGAUAACCUAUCCCUCCCUACACCCAACCUUCCAGAAUCAUCACUCCCUACCCCACACUAACCUGUACAUACCCCCACACAGAACCCUGCUUACCCCUACACCCAACCUACCUUCCCCAGAACCAUCACUCCUCACCCACACCAUCUUUCCCUUCCGUGACCCGAUUCAUUCCACCCGACACUUGUUUUUCCUUACCCCACACCAUCUCUUCCUCCUCCAGGACCAUCAGUCUCUACCCUUUACCCCCAUCAAUAAAAUACCUCCCCAGCCCACCUUCCAUGUAGACAGCUUCUCAACCAACCCAUUAUAAUACCACUCCAGCCCUUCCUAUCUUUCUAAUAUAGUGGUCUUUACCAUUUCUGACUGUACCUUGUGAGUGCCUAUCAGCUGUUCAUGUGAUGUUUGCUAGAGAUUCACCAGUUGCUUAUUAUAUGUUAAAAAUGUAAAGCUGGGUGAAAUCAGUAGAUAUAUUCCUGAAAUCACAUUUUGCACAUUUGUAACCCAGAUAUUUUCAAUCAUUGUUAUUGUAGAUCCUUCAGUGGUAUAAUGUUCAUUUUGCAACCUGUUUCUUUUUGUUGCUUCAGUAUCCACCUGCAUUUACACCCUUGAUUGCCAAGCCAGCUCCUCCUUGGUCAGUGGUAGCUCACCCAUGAUCAUAGUGGUAGCUCACCCAUGUUCAUAGUGGUAGCUCACCCAUGAUCAUAGUGGUAGCUUGUAGCUCACCCAUGACCAUAGUGGUAGCUCACCCAUGAUCAUAGUUGCAGGUCACCCUUGAUCAGUGUUAGCAGACCCUUGAUUAUAGUGCCAGUUCACCCUUGAUCAGUGUUAGCAGACCCUUGAUCAUAGUGCCAGCAUACCCUUGAUCAUAGUGCUAGCACACCCUUGAUCAUAGUGCCAGCUCCUCCUUCUUCAGUGUUAGCACACCCUUGAUCAUAGCAGCAGCUCCUCCUUGAUCAGUGUUAGCACACCCAUGAUCGUAGUGACAGCACACCUUGAUCAUAGUUCCAGCACACCCUUGAUCAUAGUUAGCACACCUUUGAUUGUGUUAGCACACCCAUGAUCAUAGUGCAAGCUCACCCUUGAUCAUAGUGGCAGCUCACGCUUGAUCAAUGUUAGCUCAGCCAUGAUCACAGUGACAGCUCAGCCAUGAUCAUAGUGACAGCUCACCCAUGAUCAUAGUGACAGCUCAUCCAUGAUCAUAGUGACAGCUCACCCAUGCUCGUAGUGCUAGCACACCCUUGAUCAUAGCAGCAGCUGACCCUUGAACAUAGAGGCACACCUUUGAUAUUAGUGAUAGUGCACCCUUGAUUAUUGUGCCAGCUCACCCUUGAUUCUAGUUUCAGCUGAACUUAAAUCACAGUGCCAGCUCACUUUUGAUUGCAGAGCUUGCAUCAUAUUUAUUGGUAAAUUAAUUUUGUUUAAAGCCGUAGGCCUAAAUUAACCUAUUCCUGUGUCAGGAAAUGGUUUGUUUGGAAACUUCCAACAAUACCAGAAUAAUGAGAGAAGGAUUUUGUUUUGGUGUGUUUAAUUUGUGUGAAUAAAAAUUAACAAUUUGGUGAAUCUGUCAUCGAGAAGUUUUCUUUGCACAAAUCAAGACACAUUUUAUGUGGGUGUUACCACUGAAAUGUGUGAAUUUAGUCUGUUGAGUAGUUUAUGAAUCUGUUUUGAAAGCCUUUUAAACACUUUCACUUGUUUGAGUCAGUUCUGUGCUUGAGUCUGUUUUAUUUUAUUAUUCGUUCACAAAUUACCCUUGAAUAUAUCUCAUCACCUCCACCGUGUCAACUUCAUUGUUUAUUUAUGGUAAAUAAACACUGUUGAAUUA